CCGACCCCUCCACCGCCUCCCUCCGCCGCCGCCCCGACCGGCUCCGCGCCCCCUCCCCGGCCCCCGCCCGCCAGCCCGUCUGCCCGCCGCCCCUAUGGCGCCCGGGGCCCCCACCUGCGCGGGGCCACUAGGACCCUCGGCCGUCCCUUCCUUCCCCCUUCCUGCCCCCCUCUCCCGCGGCGCGAACCCGGGUGUCCACGGCGCCCAGCUUUUGAGCUCGCGUCCUCAGGCCGGCGGGGGGGGAGGGGAAAAGGGGACCCCGGCACCCCUGCCCCCCCCACCGGCCGCCCAGUCCCCCGGGACCCGGAGCAAUGUUCUUCGCGGGACUGCGCUGGCCCCGUGCAACGUCGGAACGCGGACACGCAUGGCACCUUGGGCAGUGGCCGCUCCUCGGACAAGGGACCAUCCUGGUCCAGCCGUUCCCUGGGCGCCCGCUGCCGGAACUCGAUCGCCUCCUGUCCUGAGGAGCAGCCCCACGUGGGCAACUAUCGACUCCUGAGGACCAUCGGGAAGGGCAACUUUGCCAAAGUCAAGCUGGCCCGGCACAUCCUGACCGGCCGGGAGGUUGCCAUCAAGAUCAUCGACAAAACCCAGCUGAACCCCAGCAGCCUGCAGAAGCUGUUCCGAGAAGUCCGCAUCAUGAAGGGCCUAAACCACCCCAACAUUGUGAAGCUCUUUGAGGUGAUCGAGACUGAGAAGACGCUGUACUUGGUGAUGGAAUAUGCAAGUGCUGGAGAAGUGUUUGACUACCUCGUGUCACACGGCCGCAUGAAGGAGAAGGAAGCUCGAGCCAAGUUCCGACAGAUUGUUUCGGCUGUGCACUACUGUCACCAGAAAAACAUUGUACACAGGGACUUGAAGGCUGAGAACCUUUUGCUGGACGCAGAGGCCAACAUCAAGAUAGCUGACUUUGGCUUUAGCAACGAAUUCACGCUAGGAUCGAAGCUGGACACAUUCUGCGGGAGCCCCCCAUACGCCGCCCCAGAACUGUUCCAGGGCAAGAAGUACGAUGGGCCGGAGGUGGACAUCUGGAGCUUGGGCGUCAUCCUGUACACCCUCGUCAGUGGCUCCCUGCCCUUUGAUGGGCACAACCUCAAGGAGCUGCGGGAGCGAGUCCUCAGAGGGAAGUACCGGGUCCCUUUCUACAUGUCAACAGACUGUGAGAGCAUCCUGAGGAGAUUUUUGGUGCUGAACCCAGCUAAACGCUGUACUCUCGAGCAAAUCAUGAAAGACAAAUGGAUCAACAUCGGCUAUGAGGGUGAGGAGCUGAAGCCAUACACAGAGCCAGAGGAGGACUUCGGGGACACCAAGCGAAUCGACGUGAUGGUGGGUAUGGGCUACACGCGGGAAGAAAUCAAAGAGGCCUUGACCAACCAGAAGUACAACGAAGUGACCGCCACCUACCUCCUGCUGGGCAGGAAGACUGAGGAGGGUGGGGACCGGGGUGCCCCAGCACUGGCCCUGGCACGGGUGCGGGCGCCCAGCGACACCACCAAUGGAACAAGCUCCAGCAAAGGCACCAGCCACAGCAAAGGGCAGCGGAGCUCCUCUUCCACCUACCACCGCCAGCGCAGGCAUAGUGACUUCUGCGGACCAUCCCCUGCACCCCUGCACCCUAAGCGCAGCCCGACCAGCACGGGGGAGACAGAGCUGAAAGAGGAGCGCCUGCCUGGCCGGAAGGCAAGCUGCAGUGCCGCGGGCAGCGGGAGCCGAGGGCUGCCCCCCUCCAGCCCCAUGGUCAGCAGCGCCCACAACCCCAACAAGGCUGAGAUCCCAGAGCGGCGGAAGGAUAGCACGAGCACCCCUAACAACCUCCCUCCCAGCAUGAUGACCCGCAGAAACACCUACGUUUGCACAGAACGACCAGGAGCUGAGCGCCCAUCCCUUUUGCCAAAUGGCAAAGAAAACAGCUCGGGUACCCCACGGGUGCCCCCCGCCUCCCCCUCCAGUCACAGCCUGGCUCCACCAUCGGGAGAGCGGAGCCGCCUGGCACGGGGUUCCACUAUCCGAAGCACCUUCCAUGGUGGCCAGGUCCGAGACCGGCGGGCAGGGGGCGGGGGAGGCGGGGGCGUGCAGAAUGGGCCCCCUGCCUCUCCCACACUGGCCCACGAGGCCACACCCCUGCCCACCGGGCGGCCCCGCCCCACCACCAACCUCUUCACCAAGCUGACCUCCAAACUGACCCGAAGGGUCACAGACGAACCUGAGAGAAUCGGGGGACCUGAGGUCACAAGUUGCCAUCUACCUUGGGAUCAAACGGAAACCGCCCCCAGGCUGCUCCGAUUCCCCUGGAGUGUGAAGCUGACCAGCUCGCGCCCGCCCGAGGCCCUGAUGGCAGCUCUGCGCCAGGCCACCGCGGCUGCCCGCUGCCGCUGCCGCCAGCCACAGCCAUUCCUGCUGGCCUGCCUGCAUGGGGGUGCGGGCGGGCCCGAGCCCCUGUCCCACUUCGAAGUGGAGGUCUGCCAGCUGCCCCGGCCUGGACUGCGGGGAGUUCUCUUCCGCCGCGUUGCGGGCACUGCCCUGGCCUUCCGCACCCUCGUCACCCGCAUUUCCAAUGACCUCGAGCUCUGAGCCACCACAGCCCCGGAUCCCCUUCUCUUCCUCUUCUUUGUCCCCUUCACUUCUACAGGAGGGAAAGGGGUCAGGGAGGGGAUUCUCCCUUUGUCAUCCCCUCAGUUUCCCUGAAUUUGAUUUGGGGGCAAAGAUUGUCCCCUCUGCUGUUCUCCAGGGACGCUCAGCAUGAGAAGCAUGAGGGGGCUUAGCAGGAGAGCUGGCACCUUCCUGGAGCCUCCAGCCAGUCCUGGCCCCCCUCACUAUGCCAUGGGGCACCUGAGGAGACUUUGGGGGAAGGGCAGGGGCAGAAAGGGAAACUGAGGACACUUCCAUUCCUCCCAACAGUGCAAGAAUUAGGCCUUGGGCAGGGGGUAGGAAGAGUUACUGAGCCUAAAGACUGGAGAAUUGGGGGGGCUGGGAGUGGGGGUCAGAGAGGCAGAUUCUUUCCCCUCCCCUGCUCCUCAUGCUCGAACUCCCCCUUCCUGCCCCUGGCUGGCGUGGGGCACUUUGUACAAAUCCUUGUAAAUACCUCCAUGCCCUCCCCUCUGCAGAGAUCUCUCAAGGAGCUGCCACUGUCACCUCUGGUUUUUAAGUUAUUACACCCCCACCCUCCUGUCAGUACCCUCACCUGCAGCCUGUUGCCCAAUAAACUUAGGAGAGUCCCCCCUCCCCCACCCGGACCCUGGGGUUUUCCUUUCCCUGCCUUCACCUACAAGUGAGAUGAAGAGGAAGGGUGUGACUUUGGGCCAGUGGUUUCUCCUUUCUGAGCCUCGGUUUCCUCAUCUGCAGAAUGGGAGUAGGGGUGUGAGGGUCAAGGAUGAUUGUGGAAGAGGGCAGGACAGAACUCAGCCUUAUCCUUGAGGCCCCCAGUUCCUAUAUGGGACCCCCAUUCAUCCACUCGUGCCCACCCACAUGUUAUACGAGACUCUAAGCCACUUCUUACUCCAGUAGUACAUUUAUUCAAUAAAUAGUCAUUGACCGGUGCCUACUCCGUGCCAGGCCCAGUACUGGACAUGGAGAUACAAGGAGCCCCUGUCUGUGGAGGACGUGGGUUCUGACACAACCAAUAGAGAAACCAUUGCUUGGGAGCCCAGAAGAGAGAGGAGGUUGGGGAAGUCACUCCAGAGGAAUAGAUGCCAGAGUUGGGCUUUGAAGGAUGAGUAGGAAUUGACCAGGUAUUGGGUAUGCCCGGGGCAAAAGCCGGGAAGUGGGGGUGCAUGGUAUAUCUUCAGAGAGCUGUGGGUAAUUUCAGUGUGGCUGCUAUGUUGGGGGUGAGUGGAGAACUAAUGAGAAAUGCUGUAUUAGGACUAAUAAUCCAUCUACACUUAAGCAAAAGGCUACUUGUUUGCUUAUUUAAUAAUAGUCCAGGGGUUCCUGACUUCAGGUAUGGCUGGGUCCAGGCAGCAGGCCAUCUCAUCUGCUUUUUCUUAGUUUCAUUCUAGUAGUUUCAUACAGUAGAUACUGCGUGAUGGCAAAGAUGACCCCAGCAGUUCCAACUUUCAUCCUUCCAGCUUAGUUUCUGCAGCAGAAAGUUCCCAUUGCCAACUUCCUUCAAAAGUCCCAAGACAGACUCUCAUUGGCCCAGAAAAAUCGUGUGAUCAUCCCUGAACCAAUCGCUGGUGACUCAAGUGGCCAGGCCUAUACCUAGAGCUGAAUUUAAAGGGGGUUCCCAAUGGGAAAUCAAGAUGUGAGCAGGAGAAGGGAAAUGGAAGCUUGAUUGACUUAAGCCGUUGAGGACUGUCCAGUACAUGAGGGCAGGGCUUGUUCACCCAGGACCUUGUGGGCCAAAAUGAGCAAGUUGGGCUUUCAUUUGAGGGCACUAGGGAGCCAUGGAGGGUUGUAUGCAGGGAAGAGGCUUAACUGUGCCUCAGUUGCCUAUUGCAUCAUGGUAGGAAUAUCUUGUGUUCUUCGUGGAGCUAAUAGGGAAGAUAACAUGAUAAAAUGAAGGGUGGUUAAGAUUAAGAGUGAUCAGUGUUGAAAAAUUCAGGGUCUUGGGCAGAACUGCUUUCCUGUCUUAUGUGUGAGGCUGAAAGGUUUUUAUAGUUGGGAGGGCUGGAAAACGGGAGUGUCAAGGGAACCAACCCUGUGUUGGGGACACAGUGGUGACCAAGACAGCCCCAGCCCUGCCCUCAGGGCUCAAAGUCCAGUGGAGGAGGCAGCUGUGUCCUCAGUGAUGAUCCAGAGUGGGCAGGGCUGGUAUGGGAGUCCAAAGAGAGUGCCUGCCCCACCCGGGGAGGCCUUCUGAAGGAGCAGCUAUCUGGACACUGCAGGAUGGGGAUGGGGAGGUGUGUGUGUUCUAGGUAGAGGGACUACGGUGUGCAGUUGAAUGGCUGGGAAGCAAGAGAGAAUAUAAGUCCUUCAGCAAAUGGCAUCUGAUUCAGCGUGAGUAUAGAGUCACUGAGAGAGAUGGCUGGAGAUGUUGGCAGGGCCUUCAAAGGGCACUGGGGAUCCAUGAUGAGGUGAGCAAGGGAGAGACGGACAGGUCUGCUGUGACGGGAGGGAAGGAGACAGAUCAGAAGAGUAGGGAGGAGGUCAGGCAGGGCAGAAGCUGGGCAGAGGGGGUGGGUUUAAUGCUUAGGAGACAAAUGGUCAGGAUGGCCAUGGUAGCUGACGCCUGGACUGAGGAUUUGGCUGCUCAGCCUGGCCAGGCUGUAGUGUUUGUGGUCUGUGGCCUCUGAGGGAUGGCGGUGGGAAUUGGAGCUGGGAUUAGUGAUGGGGUCUUUAAUUGGGGAUAAUAUUGUAAAUGACAUCCUGGCAUCUGACAGUCCCUACGUGUCUUAAACCUUUGGGGUCUAUCCGUCUUAUUUCAGUAAUCUCUGGGGAUUCUUGGGGGGAAUCCCUGGGCUUCAGUUUUCCCUUCCUGGGACCAAGUUCUCCAAAAGACCAAUCCCUAAAUAUGUACCAGGGAUGCUCUGACCCAAGCCCCCGUCUGGAGAACACGGCAUGAGCAAAGACAGUAAGGUGGAAAUUGCAGGGUGUAGGCGCUUAAGAAUAUAUAGAGGGAUAGUGGGGAAAGGGUUGGAAAGACGAGCCUUCAGCAAAUGGUACGCAUUUCAGUUUGACCAUGAAAAGUUGCAAAUAAUAGGAGGCUGUUCGGGGAGAUGUGGGAGUUAAUGGCAGGUUCUUGGGCAAAGUAAGGGACGUUGAGAAGACUGGUAGCAACUAUAAGAUGGAUAAAGUCAGACCUCACAGAAGGGGGCCAGUGAAAAGUAUAAUGAGGUACGUGUGGUGAGAUGCAUGGGACGUCUCCAACUGGAGGCUCACGGGCCAAAUUCGAGACUCAGACAUUUUGUUAGGUUUUUCCCUUACGUGGAUCCCGUGUUUGAGAUCUGAGCGUUUGUGAUCAGGAGCCAAGGUUGGGAAGGGCCCAAGCUUGGCUAUGUGACACUAGGCCACACCUCUCUGGGUUUUAGAUUCCCCAUAGAGACAUACAAUUUUUGGAUUGCACUACCCU